AUGGCCGAAGAAACUUCCAAGAACGAAACGGCAACGAAUACACCCCAAAUUGCAGCACCAGCUGAUUCUGCUGUCAAUGGACUCCCCGCAGACCAACCGAAGGAUGUGGUGAUGUCUGAUGCGCCAGUUGAUCCUUCAUCUCCCGCUCCAGCUGCUCAUGCGCCCAGUCCUGUACCUGCACGAACAGGAACUCCAGCUCAGGGAUCUAGAGCCGCCUCCGCACACCCGGAUUCUGGUGUCAAUAUCCCAGCUGAAGCUCCUCUACAUGGUGACUCGACACGGCGAUAUCUCAACACAAAAGUCACUGGAGCGCUGCUCGAAGGCAUGAAGCAACUGGCUAAAGACAAACCGAGUGACCCCCUCCGAGUCCUCGGGGAGUAUCUCAUUCAAAAGUCCAAAGAUUUGGAAGGGACUGGUUAG